AUGCCGCCACCUCAAACGCCCUUCUUCAUCGUCUUUCUGUGUUUUCUCAAUGCCUGUUCUUCUGUCUUCGCCACCCAGUUUGACUUUGGAACCUUAACCAUGAGUACACUGAAACUUCUCGGCAUUGCCCCAUUUGAAACAACAACACCGUCAGCCUCACCGGUGACCCCGCCGUCCCAACUCGCUGCUGGCAGAGCGCUUUACUCUGACCCCAUCAGAUUCCGGCAAACAAAGGGUCCCCUUCUCUGGGAGCGUUCUCCCUUUCUUCUCCUUUUCGUCACCAACCUCAAUCCAUCCUCCGUCGGCGGCGGCCUCGCCUUCGUCGUCUCGCCGGACUCCACCGCUGUCGGCGAUUCCGGCGGCUUCCUCGGUCUGCAAAACCCCGCCGCCGCCACAGGCGGUGGCGGCGGGUUCGUCGCUGUUGAAUUCGACACCCUGAUGGACGUGGAAUUCAGCGACAUUAAUGGAAACCAUGUGGGGUUGGACUUAAACAGCGUUGUUUCGGCUCAAGUUAGCGACUUGGGAAGCGUCGGAGUGGAUCUUAAAAGCGGUGACUCGGUGAACGCGUGGAUCGAGUACGAUGGAAGCAGCAAAGGGUUGCGCGUGUGGGUCUCGUACUCGACUGUGAGGCCGAAAGAUCCGAUUUUGAAGGUGGAUCUCGAUGUCG